AUGCCGGACGCACGCUUAGUAGACUCGAAGGCAUCUUUCUCCUCAUUCUCUCAUAUACUCGAUGCACGUAUUUUGCGCUCGCUGGCCGACAUGGGCUUUGCAAGACCGACCCUCGUCCAAACUAAGGCCAUACCACUCGCUCUUGAAAAUCGGGAUAUUCUAGCUCGCGCGCGGACCGGGAGUGGGAAGACUGCCGCAUAUUGUAUACCUGUGGCACAAAAGAUUCUCAAUGCAAAGGCUAACCUACCCAUGGAGGAGCCCUCGAGACAGGUCACCCGCGCGCUGAUACUUGUACCGACACGAGAGCUAGCAGAACAAGUAUCAUCGCACCUGGCCAGUCUUCUGACAUAUUGUGACAAAGAUGUCACUACUGCGAACGCUUCCGCAGGAACAUCAACUCAACUGCAGAGGACAUUAUUAUCGGACCGCCCUGAUAUCGUCAUUGCGACACCAUCACGGGCACUCAAUCUGCUGCAGUCUAAGACAUUAUUACUUGAACAUGUGGAAACACUCGUGAUCGACGAGGCAGACCUCAUCCUUUCGUACGGACAUGACGAGGAUGUACGAGCAAUAUUCAACUCAGGGUACCUGCCCAAAGUCUUCCAGUCAUUCCUCAUGAGUGCGACGAUGACAGAGGACGUGGAAGCGCUCAAAGGUCUUGCAUUGCGCAGUCCCGUAAUUCUCAAGUUGGAAGAAGAUGAGGACGAGGCGGCUAAUCUGACCCAGUACUCCGUUCGUUGUUCAGAAGUCGAUAAGUUCCUUCUGACGUACGUGAUCCUCAAGUUGAAACUGGUCAAGGGCAAAUGUAUCCUCUUCGUCAACGACGUCGACCGUUGCUAUCGCCUCAAACUUUUCUUGGAGCAAUUUUCCAUCAAGAGCUGCGUUCUUAAUUCCGAAUUGCCGCUGAACUCUAGGUAUCACACAGUGCAGGAGUUUAACAAGGGCGUGUAUGACUACAUUAUUGCUUCGGACGAGAGUGCAGGUCGUGCAGAACAGGACUCAGAGGAUGAAGAGAAUGAAGAGGAGGAAGAGGAAGGAGCAGAAAACGAGCAGAAGGAGGACGAUGAUGAGUUCACCAGUACACAGCGAGAACCCGCUGCAGCGUCAGAUGAUUAUCCAUCCUCUCAUCCCUCCCUCAAACGCAAACGGCGCGCAGAGUCGCCCGCUCCAGAAGCCAGCUCGUCCAAAUCGGCCUUAAAAUCCAACAAGCGCAAGCAGCGCCGGCGUAAUACCGAUGCCGAGUACGGCGUUUCUCGCGGGGUGGACUUUGUCGACGUCUCCUGUGUGAUCAACUUCGACCUUCCCACGUCUGCUCGCGCAUACACGCAUCGCGUCGGACGCACCGCACGUGCAGGGCGCACGGGGAUGGCGCUCUCAUUUGUCGUUCCGCGAGAGCAAUGGGGCAAGAACCGCGUGAUCGGAUGCGUCCAGAGCGCGAAGGCAGACGAGCGCGUGUUUGCACGCAUUUCGCGCGAGCAAGCCGCGCGGGGGAGCCAGCUCAAGGAGUACAAGUUCGACAUGAAGCAGGUAGAGGCAUUUCGGUACCGUAUGGAGGACGCGCUGCGUGCAGUGACGCGGAGCGCGAUCAAAGAGGCGCGGAUUAAGGAGCUAAAGGCGGAGAUUUUGAACUCGGAUAAGCUCAAGGCGCAUUUUGAAGACAAUCCGAACGACUUGGAGUACCUGCGCCAUGACAAGCCCUUGCACCCGACCCGGAUACAGUCACACAUGAAGCAUAUCCCAAAGUACCUUCUGCCUCAUAUUGCUCCUGUACAAGGUACAGAAGAAGUCGGUCCACAGGCCGAAACAAUUAAUGCGAAUGGCGACGCCGGUUUCGUGCCAUUCAACAAAAAUUUCGCGCGUGGACGUGGACGCGGGCGCGGCAGAGGUCGUGGAGGACGAGGGGGCAGUGCAGGGAGAGGCAAGAAAAAAUCCGAUCCACUAAAGAAGUUCGGCCGAUAGAUUGUCGUCAAAACCAUUCUGUUUAUUCUUACACUAUGCGAUCACAUUGUUGGGACCAGUGGCGAGGUAUUGCGAGUGAUGACAUGG